AUGGACAACAAGAAGGCAACAGUAGUGGAGGAGCUCCAUAGACCAGCUUGUCGGAAUUAUCCACGUCGACGUGCUGAAGUCCGCGGGGUGGAUGAGACAUGCCAGGCUGUGCCGACCAAGACCAAGAAUGGGAAGGAUGUGAGCAGUGCUAUGGCCUCCAUACUUGAACAGGGUCAUGUACCACAGAAGCUGCAUGUGGACAGAGGCAAAGUGUUUUACAAUAGCGAAUUCAAGAAGCUCAUGAAAGACUAUGGGAUUACCAUGUACUCAACCUUUAGUAAUCUCAAAGCAUCCAUCUCAUCGCACAAUUCGGAUGAAACCAAUGUCACUGCUGCUCAUGACAAGUACCUUUUACGUCAUAUGUAUGGAAAACUGGAAACUCACCGAAAAAAGAAAAUCAAGUUCAAGGUUGGAGAUAAGGUGCGCGUCAGCAAGUACAAGAAUCUUUUCGAGAAAGGCUAUACACCAAACUGGACAACCGAGAUAUUCACGAUAAUUGAAGUUGUAAACACCAAUCCUGUGACCUACAAGCUCAUCGAUUAUGAGAACAAACCAAUUGAAGGUGGAUUUUACCAGGAGGAGUUAACGAAAGUCAGAUAUCCUGACGUCUACUUCGUAGAGAAGAUACUUCGAAGACGUGGAAAUAAAGUAUUUGUCAAAUGA